GUGAAAGAGAGAGCAGCAGCAGGCGUGUUAUUAAGCUUGCAACAAAAAGAAGAAGAAGCAGCAGCAGCAGCAGUGCUCACUUGCUCUGGAGAAUGCUCUUCAUGGACGCCCUGUUCAAUAGCCUGCUGGUGGUUAGCUCCGGCUAUGCCAUGUACACACUGCAUCCUGGACAGACGCCCUAUGGCUAUGCAGCGGCUGCGCUGAGUCUGGUGCAUGGCCUGCUCGGCGUGGUGCGUGCAGCAAAUAACGAUGAUGAUGAAUGCAAUCGGCUGCGGCUGCUCACAUCGGGAAUUAUCGAGCUGGUGCCGCUGCCGCUGACCAACAUUGAGCUCUACUUGCGCUCCUCGAAUCCACACUUGGCCUAUGCCCAUGGCUGCUUUUUGGUGCCGCUGGUGUUCGAUGUCUUCGCCAGAUGUCGCGACAGCGAGGAUAACUCCACAGUCACGCUCAAGGAUCUGACGCUGCUGGGCAAUUUGGUGUCGCUGCUGUUUCUGGGCGUCAAUCAGGGCAAGCAUCUCUAUGGCGGCAUGGCUGCCAUUGCAUUCGGCGCACGCUACGGCUCCGUCAUGUUCGACUACUACUGGGAGGGCCUGGGCGCGCAUAUCAAUCUGCUGGCCCAAUCGGCGUUUGUUGUGCUCAUGGCCAUGACGCUGACGGCCAAGUAGCGCUGCUCCAGCUGCUCCCAAGGCUAACGCGCUGGCGGUUCAUUGGCUCAACAAAAUGGCUCAACACACAAAGAGCGACGGCAGCUCAAUAAACUUGCAAUUAAUGUUGGCAAAUUAAAAUGCAAAAAUAAACAUUAAUUGUUUUGUCAAAAAAUACAAAAUUAGCGUGAAGCCAAAGUCAAGGCAGCGGCAGCGGGCAGCUGUGAACUCAACUCAGCGUGCAGCUGAGGGCAGGGGCAGGGGCCAGUGAGGGGGUACAACAAUUUAAGGCAAAUUUACAGCACUGAUGACCCAUUGAGCCGUUGAGCUGGCGCUGGCCCAAGCUGUGCUCUCAGCUCAACUUGUUUUCUU